CCAUCAUCAAAACAGAGCAGUAGUACUCCUUUCGCCAUGGCCGUGCCAAGCAAACCUCUGCUUCAACUUGCAGUCCUUGCAGUUCUUCUGUCUUCCUCCACCACCGUCCAUGCUCUGGAAAACGUCACCAACAUCCAAUUCUACAUGCACGACGUCAUCUCCGGCCCCAACCAGACAGCCGUUCGCGUCGCCGGCCAAAAUCCCAACGCCACCGGCGGCUCCGACCCCGUCAUGGCCUCAUUCGGAUCCAUUUACGUGAUGGACAACCUUCUCACCGCCGCCCCCAGCCUGAACUCCACUGUGGUCGGACGCGCCCAAGGCCUGUACGCUAUGUCCUCCCAGAACGAGCUCAGCCUCCUCAUGGCCCUCACCUACUGGUUCACCGGCGGCCCUUACAACGGCAGCUCCUUCAGCAUCGUCGGCUGGAACCCCGUGAUGAGGGGAGUCAGGGAGAUGCCCGUCGUCGGAGGCACCGGGGCUUUCCGGCUAGCUCGGGGCUACUGCCUCGCGCAGACAUACUCGGUCGACCCGAUACGGGCAGUGAUCGGAUAUAAUGUGACAUUGAUACAUUAACUAAUCUAUAUAAAGAAAAUAAAAUUAUUAGAUUAUGUCGAAUUUAAUAUAAUUUUAUAAUGUGUAUACAUUUUAAUUAAUAAAUAAUUUUUUAUACA